UAUUAUAUUGUUUUACUUGCUAUGAUUUUAAAAAAUUCUUAUAAUUUUUUUUUUUUUUUUGAAAUAAGAAUUAGAGAUCGGGAGAGUAAAACCUGAAACUUCUCAAAUUUAUUUAAAUGCACUUACCACCAAACUUAAUCUAUGAGUGUAAAAAAUUCUUAUAAUUUUAACUAUCUAUAUUAUUUUAAUGUCUAUAAUUGCUCCAAUGAAUGAUAAAGCGGGUUGAUUACCUUGAUAAAAAUCUAACAGAAGCAUUAAAUUGUAUUUUUAUGAAAUGCAUGGUUAGUUUAAUUUGGAUAUUUAAAAAUAGAGGCUAAGUAUUUAAUUUUGACAGAGAAAUGAUAAUAGUUUAAGUUUUUCUUUACCUAUGUUCUUCCCACAAUUCAUCAAUCCUGUAAUGAAUCAACAUUUCUAAAUGUAUUCCAGUAUUAUACUGGAAUGAUGUGUGGGAUUUCAUUGCACAUCCAUCUCAUAUUCACAUGGAAGUUUUGACUUUUGAGUUUUCUCAAGGCCAAUCUGUAUACAGGAAAUAUUUUUGUCCAUGCUAUGUAAAUAUAUAGAUGACUUCCUGUCUUGUCCAGAUUCUCAUUAUUUGUAUCGCAGGCCUUUGCCUAAUUGUGAUGAACUUACUCAUAGAGCUACAGUUUUGCACAAGGAGUUCACCUGAUCUUCAAUGAAGGGAAUAUUAGGAAAUAACAUGUGAGGUUCACAUUACCGUGAUGGAGGAACUAGACUUGACCAAAAGACUCUAAUAAUUGAUCAAACUGUCAUUUCACUAAAAUUCGGAUUUCAGACAAUGGCUUUCCAAUCAUUGUAAAAGACAAUUGCCUUAAUGAUGCUCUUUGCAUAUCGGAGAAUAAGAGAUGCCUUAACCUCAGUGUCCAACCAAACAUGAAAAAGCAGCAUGUCAUGGAAAGACAAACCAGACAGUUCUCUCUUCUAAUCACAUGGUGAAAUGAUAAUCCAUCUUUGGACAUUUCAUGCAACAUCCCACACCCACCUUCAAGCUGGUUCCAACCUUAGGCACAUUAUGAGUCGAGUUGGAGGAUGGAUGCCUAGCUGGCCAUGUUCCAUUAUUGGCCCUAUCAUUGGUUUAUAUUCAAUCUUACCCCUCUAUACUUCAAAGAGAUUGGCUAAUAUUUUUCUGGUGAUUCCCAGUUCUCACAUCUUCAUUGUUCAUUCCUAACCCUUGAUAGUUGAUACUGAACUCGAUCCACACUGUUUAUGAUUUUAACCAUUGGAAGUAACAGAUCAAAGUUGAUAUCACUUGAGCUUUAACUAGGAAGAGGGGCAAUCAGGAGAAAUCAUCAACAACUUUUUCUUUCUGUCGACGGAUAUUUGUGUCAUCUUAGUGUCCCCUUUCCACUCCGAAAUUUGAGAAAAAGAGAAGUUGGCUUGAGAGCAGGUGAAUGGCCAAUCUUACAAGUCCAAAAUCAUUGGUCCUCUAUGCUUUUCAGCUAUUGUUGCUGGCGCAAAUCCAAGUCUCCUGCUACCAGUACAAGGUCGGAGAUUUAGAUGCUUGGAGUAUUCCCUCUUCAGCGAACCCACAAGUCUACACUUUUUGGUCCAAAUACCACUCCUUCCAGAUUGGAGAUUCUCUCUUGUUCCUAUACCCACCAAGUCAAGAUUCAGUGAUUCAAGUCACGGAACAAAACUACAACUCCUGCAACCUCAAAGAUCCACUCUUGUACAUGAACAACGGCAACUCUUUAUUUAAUAUCACUACACAUGGGGAGUUCUACUUCACCAGUGGGAUCCCAGGGCACUGUGAAAAGAAGCAGAAGCUUCGCAUAUCUGUGCUUUCUGGGAAUGGAUCAGCCUACUCUUCCUCUUAUGGUCCUAGUGCAUUGCCAGACACUGCAGCACCCUCUUACCCCACUGUGUUUGGCACGAUCCCAUUGUCACCUUCUGAUUCAACAACAAACAAAUUUUCAAUCUUCUUAUCUGCCGUUAUUGGCGCAGCGAUUUCUUCAACGAUCAAUGGCUUCAUGUGAAGGACAUAACUGCCAGCAGAACCCAAAUGGUGAUUGGCAUACACAUAUAUAUAUGUACUUUAUUUGUUUUAAAGAUCCAGCAAUAUUGAUUCAUACAAUGAAAUUUUGGUAUUGUAGUUCUUUUCAGUGAUUCAAGAGAAAUAAACUGGUCUUAAAUAUUGUUUGUAGCUUAA